AUUGUUUUUAAACCUCAAUUUUCAUCUGCUGCGAAUCCUCUCUCCUUGAACACCAAAGCGUUCAUGAACAACUUCGCUAUCUUUUCUUCCAAUCCAGGGAGAGCGUUUUCGGAUUCUUAAGUUUGUUGGCGUUCGUUGAUUUUCCAACAUCGAAUUUUAAUUGAUGCGAUUGCUUUAUCUGGGUUCGGGCUCAGGCCUUAGAUUCGGUCUGUUGUAGAAUUUAGGUCGUUGCCUUCUCUGUCUCCGCUUGUUCAUCGAUUUCCUGCUGCUGCUGCGAUGUACCACGAUGAUGCUUCUGGCCCAAACCCUUCUUUCGUGCCAAGAUUGCGUCGCAGUGGAAGAAAUGGCGAGGAUCGCUCCUCUUUCAAUCGUAUCAUUGUUCUGCGCGAUCCUUCUAACUCGGGUGUUGUUAGUAAUAAUGGUAUUGGAGGUGGAGGAAAUUAUGAGAUUUUUUGUGACGAUGGUACUGGGGCGAGCCUCCGGCCUUUACCUUCUAAUGUAUCCGAGUUCUUGAUGGGAUCGGGGUUCGAUCGUCUUCUCAAUCAAUUGGCGCAACUGGAGGUGAAUGGGGUUAGCCCAUUGGAAAACCCACCGGCUUCGAAGGCUGCGAUUGAAUCUUUGCCUGUGGUUAAGAUUCUUGCUAACCAUGUGCGUGUGGAAUCACAUUGUGCGGUCUGUAAGGAACCAUUUGAGCUUGACUCUGAGGCUCGAGAGAUGCCGUGUAAGCAUAUUUACCAUUUGGAUUGUAUACUCCCUUGGCUUUCUAUCCGGAAUUCUUGUCCUGUUUGUCGGCACCAAUUGCCUACCGAUGUGCAUAGCAGUGGGAGGAACUCCCCUGCUUCUGCUGAAGAAGUUGUUGGACUAACAAUUUGGAGGCUUCCCGGUAGGGGUUUUGCUGUUGGAAGGUUUACUUGGGGCAGGGGAGCUGCAGAACAUGACCUUCCUGUUGUUUACACUGAAAUUGAUGGUGGGUUUAGUACCACCAGUGGUAUUCCUAGGAGGAUUACGUGGGAGUCAAGCGGGAGAAGAUCAAGUGAAAGUGGUGGAUUUCGUAGCGUUUUUCGCAAUUUAUUCUCCUUUUUUGGGAGGUUUAGAAGCUCGUCCCGUCAUUCUGGUUCUGGACCUGGUUCAGUAAGAAGGAGCUUCUCUGCUAGGUUAUUCAACAGACACUCGAGGAGGAAUAAUCAACCUAUAGCGUCGGACAUAAACUAUACGUUUUCUGCUUAGUUAUACUCAUAGAGAGGGUGAAUUCUCACUCUUACUCCCUCUAGAAAUUGUGAGUGAUUGAGCCCAUAACAGUCUUCCUUUUGGGUAAUGGUGUAGACGUACAAUUUUUGUUUAUUAGCUGUAUAGAUACAUCAACAAGAAAUACAGAAUUCGGUAACUUAAAUGUAGUCGACUGGAGAAUUUUUGACAUGGUGGGACAAGGAUAUUUAGAGAUGAAUAAGGGAGAGAGUCGUAUAAUCUGCCUGGUCGAGGGUUAAUGGCAGUUCAAUUCGAGUAUGUGAAUGUAUUCUGUUGUUUGAUGUUGAAAGGAAAGAGAUGGGUUAGGGAGUUCCUGUUGAUGUCUAGUAGGUUCAUUUUUUUCCUCUUAUGCAAUGUAACAUUGUAACUUCGCUGCAAAGCAGCUGUUAUCCUUAGAAUAUGAAGAUCUUAUGUUUUUAGUUAUGUUUGUA